AUGUCCAGCAAACCAAUUGUCCUGGUGACCGGUGCGAAUGGCUAUAUUGCCGGGCCCGUCAUCGAAGCUUUUCUCAAGGCAGGCUAUGCUGUUCGUGGAACUGUUCGCUCAAAGUCUUCAGCAGAUCCCCUAGUCAGGGCUCUGUCUUCAUAUGACGAAGAUCUUCAAAUUGUCGUAGUCCCAGACAUUGUCGCGCCAGGUGCCUUCGAUUCUGCGGUCAAGGGUGUUCAUGCUAUUGCACAUCUUGCUGCUGGAGUGAGUCUCAGCUUUACGGACCCCGAACCUGUCCUUGAAGUUGCUAUUCAAGGGACGCUGGGUGUUCUCGAGUCUGCCAUCACCGAGUCAUCCGUCAAAUCGGUUGUGCUUAUGUCCUCUAUUGCCUCUAUCACGAACGGCAGCAAAGAAGCACCUGCUAGGUUUACAGAAGCAGAUUGGAAUGAUGAAGCUUUGGCAGCUGUUAAGAAGCUCGGAAAAGAGUCACCCAGCCUUUUGAUCUAUGCUGCGAGUAAGGUGGCAAGUGAGAGAGCUUUUGGAAAGUUCCGCGACGAAAAAAAUUUUGUUAUGGGACCACAACCCGGCCUUGAGUCCAUCUCCAAGAUCGGCGGAACAACUGCCUUCAUCUGGCAGAUACUUUCGGGUCAAGAGAUCCCCAAGCCAUUGACACCAAAUCCUGGCUAUGUUGACGUUCGUGAUAUUGCACGAGUUGCUGUCUUCAGCGUCGACCACCCCGACAAGGCAAACGGGGAGCGAUUCCUGUUGGCUUCAGGACUUGUUCCUCCCCAGGCUGCUGCAGAUGUUCUUCGUAAAGUAUAUCCGGAGAGACAAGACAUUAUCAAGGCUGGAACUCCUGGGCAGGGAUACUUUCCCGGCUACAAGUUUCCUGAGGAAAGAGUUCUUGAUGCAUCGAAGGCAGUCAAAGUGACAGGACAAGACUUUUACAGUGUCGAGCAGACAAUUACUGACACGGCCAAAUCUCUUGAGAAGUUUUUAUAG